GGGCUGGCGUCCCCAGGGUCCUUUCUCAUGCCAAGGCUGUCACCAAAUACCUUAUUUACCGGCCUCUCUGCUAAACAACCUACUAGGCUCUUCGGUCCAGCGCCCGGAACGGAAAGGAAGUGAGGAAUCGUGGCCGAGCGGAACCUCCCCGGGGUGGGGCCCGCGCUCCGCCGCGCCCCGGGCCGGCAGGCUGGGACAUCUCACGCUCUCCUCGGUCCUACAAAACUGCCGCCUUCGCCCUCCUCGUGGCCACUCGAGGAGUCUGCGAUCCCUUGAGAGCAGAGGCGGCCGGGGCCCCCGGCGGGAAGGUCCCCACAAACUUCAGACCGUAGGUGUGGUGGAGACGCGGGGCGUCAGCUGACCCAACCUGCGGGCUCCAGGUGCUCGUGUCCGUGCCUGCCGUGGACGCAUUCUGACUCGGGCUCUUCCUCUCUCUGGAGACUGCCUAUGGCUGGGGACCGAGUGAGGUCGUUGCCUUGACGACGGCAGCAUGCGGCCCGCGGUCCUCGGAAGUGUGAGCUUGUGGAGGGCAGAAGCUUCCCUACCUGCUUCACCCAGGACCAGUAACUGCGUCCUCAGAGAAAAUCCCAGUACUGGGAUUGCUCGUUUGCUAGUCAGUAUCUUUUAGAUCUGCUAGCGAGAUGCAUAUCACCUCCAAUUUGUUUCCAAGUUGAAAACCUUUGGCUCUUUCCAUGUGAAGGGUUUGGAAGAAAUACAAGAAAAAUUCCUACUGGUUUUAAAUUAAAAUGGAAAAAUAUGAGAACCUAGGAUUGGUUGGAGAAGGGAGUUAUGGAAUGGUAAUGAAGUGUAGGAAUAAAGACAGUGGAAGAAUUGUGGCUAUUAAGAAGUUCCUAGAAAGUGAUGACGACAAAAUGGUUAAGAAAAUUGCUAUGCGAGAAAUCAAGUUACUAAAGCAACUGAGGCAUGAAAAUUUGGUGAAUCUGUUGGAAGUAUGUAAGAAAAAAAAACGUUGGUACCUCGUCUUUGAAUUUGUUGACCACACAGUUCUUGAUGACUUGAAACUAUUUCCAAAUGGACUAGACUAUCAAUUAGUUCAAAAGUAUUUGUUUCAGAUUAUUAAUGGAAUUGGAUUUUGCCAUAGUCACAAUAUCAUACACAGAGAUAUAAAGCCCGAGAAUAUAUUGGUCUCUCAGUCUGGUGUUGUAAAAUUAUGUGACUUUGGAUUCGCACGGACGUUGGCAGCUCCCGGGGAGGUGUACACUGACUACGUGGCCACCCGGUGGUACCGAGCCCCAGAACUGUUGGUUGGUGACGUCAAGUAUGGCAAGGCUGUGGAUGUCUGGGCCAUUGGUUGUCUGGUCAUUGAAAUGCUCAUGGGGCAACCCCUAUUUCCGGGAGAAUCUGAUAUUGAUCAGCUGCAUCAUAUUAUGACAUGUUUAGGGAAUUUAAUUCCAAGACACCAGGAGCUGUUUUAUAAAAACCCUGUGUUUGCUGGAGUAAGAUUGCCUGAGAUCAAAGACACAGAAACAGAACCCCUCGAGAGCCGCUAUCCCAAGCUCCCUGAAGUUGUGAUAAAUUUAGCAAAGAAAUGCUUGCAUAUUGACCCAGACAAAAGGCCCUUCUGUGCUGACCUUCUCCACCAUGAUUUCUUUCAAAUGGAUGGAUUUGCUGAGAGGUUUUCUCAAGAAUUGCAGUUGAAAAUAGAGAAAGAUGCCAGGAAUAAUUCUUUACCAAAAAAAUCUCAAAACAGAAAGAAAGAAAAAGAUGAUGCCUUAGGUGAAGAAAGAAAGACACUUGUGGUACAGGAUACAAAUGCUGAUCCCAAAAUUAAGGAUUCUAAAGUGCUUAAAAUAAAAGGGUCAAAAAUUGAUGGUGAGAAAGCCGAAAAAGGAAGCAGAGCUUCAAAUGCCAGCUGUGUCCAUGACAACGGGACAAGCCACAUCAAAGGCUUGCCUUCCACAAGCCUCAGAGACUGCAGCAAUGUCAACAUUGAUCACCCAAGAAAUCCAGGCAUGGCGAUUCCUCCGCUCACACACAAUCUUUCUGCAGUGGCUCCUGGUAUUAGUGCUGGAAUGGGGACGAUUCCUGGAGUUCAGAGUUACAGAGUGGAUGAGAAAACUAAGAAAUACUGUAAUCCAUUUGUUAAACCAAAUCAACCUUCUCCAUCAGGAAUUUAUAAUAUGAAUGUGACCACAUCCGUCUCUAGUGAAAAGUACCUCCUUCAGGCUAAUAAGAAAAGGAAGGAAUACUCCAAAGCAGAUGUGCGAUUGCCUGAACUAAACUAUAAUCAUCUUCCGGAACUGAGAGCUUUAGAAGGCAUAGCUCGAAAUUCCAGGCUAAUAAAGAAAGAGAACAAAUCUCUCUCCGAAUCUCGGAUUCCCUCUCUGGCCGCCAUUGACCUGCACGCUUCCAGCAUUGCACUCCACCAGGGAUCAGGAUCUCCCCUGUCAGAGGAUUCUGAGGGUGAUUUGCCUCGUAUGGAGCAUCAGCACUGAGACUCACUUAGCCUGAACAGGAUGCUGCUAGCACUGAGAUGACGUCCUCUUGCAGCCAGCGCACUGAUGCCCGAGAAGAGAUCUGCGGCUUGACUGCUUCCUUCUCAACUACCUACGUUUUCUAAGAAAGGCUUUGCAGAAGAAGGCAAGACAGACGUCCAAAUACUUCAGAGGAAGAUUGAACACGUGCCCCCCUGCUCUUACCCCUUCACCUUUCCAACCUAUUUCGAGAUAUAUCCAUGGAAGAAUAGUGAUACGGUUCUUGUUACAUGAAUGUGUAUUUGAUAUUAGCUAGAUUGUGUAUUUAAAGUUAUCUGAGAUUAAAAGUGAGUAAAAAAAGGGAAAGAAUCAUUAUGAAAGUCAUGUCUUGUGCAUUGAACUUUGUGUAUUAUCUAUAUAAAUGUUUACAGUUGAAAAUGAAAACAAAAAGCUAGGAUCUAUAAGAGAAGUUUCCUUUACUUUAACUGUAAGAACACAUUUAAGAAGCUUGUUUCUAGGCACUAAGGUGGAAUGCGACUGCUGUUUGUGGUUGGAUGUGUGUCUGUUCUCUGUCGCUGUUGAUGUCCAGUCCGUGUGUCAUGGGAAUCUGGUCUCUUCUGAUCUAAGAACUGUGCUGAUACACCAGGCAGACAGCCCUUUCAUUUCUAAUGACUUAGAUUGGAUAGUCCUCUGUAGUGAGAGAUUCUGGUGCUAACGUUCUGUGUGAAAGGACAUGAUUGGAAUGGUGUGAAGGAGAGUUUUGUAGGUACACCUUGGAGUUAAGAACUGAGCUUCUCACUGAGGAAAAAGGUAUACAAAAUAAGAGAUGGUGCACAGCUGCCUACUAAUCCAACUAGUUCUCCUGGCUAGGCCAGUCACUAUUGAGCCACUCAACUGAGGAGGCUUUAUGGAAGCUCAUGGACUCCAAUCUUGUCUGUGAUAGUGGUUAUGAUAGAGGUUGAUAGUGGAUUGGACCCACAGAAAUUCCUAUUGCCUUUUUAUCACAAAUACUUCGGCUUACCCAAAAGCCUUUUUACCAAGGUGCAUAGUCAUUUACCUGCAUUCCACAUACACUUUCUGAUGAACAGGUUUACAACCUUUUAGGUGGGGGAUCAGACCAGUUUGACUCCAGGGUCCUGGUUCUGGGUUUUUAGCCAUGCCCACAUUUAUCAUUUGAGAAUAUAGCUCUUCAGGGGCAGAAUUUGUGUAGGUUUUUUUUUUUUUUUCUCAAAAGCUGUUGACUAGAACUUAGCCUAAGAGCUGAACAAGAAUUCUUCAUUACCUUGGGGGACUUAAAAAUGAAAUCCUAAACUUGGACACUUGGGACCUCAAAGGAGUAGACAUCCAGGAGGAGGCAAAAAUAAAAGGUUCCAACAAAAAGUCUAUUGGUAGUAGUUAAAUUAAAAUUCUAUUUUUAUUGAAAAGCCGUGUUUUAAACGUUUGACCAAGCAAAGGUUUGCCUAGAUUAGUAAGACUAACAUGCUGAUAAAGUCACUCUGUCAGUAGAAGUAGGCUUUCUACUAGAAUCCCAUGCUUUUACUGUUACAUUGAGAACUCUUCCCAAUAGACAGCAGCACGAGAAGCAGACGGCGCUUACAGCUGAGGGGCACCCAGCUCACUUCAGUGCUGUUUUCACCGAAAGGCCACUGCGGAAAUAUUAGCUUGACAACUGAGGGUCUGUCAGCUACCUGAUCAUUUGUAUACUUGAGUGUGGUAUCUUUGGUCUGUUAAGACACGUUAUGAACUUUAGAAUUAAGGAAUUAAAAAUCAUUUCUCAAGUCCUUAUUGAUAUUCGAAGAUCAUAUUUUGUUAGAACUUUGGUGUGGAGCCAAAGAACUAGAGAUUGUUCAAAUCAAGUCUGUAGGUACUGACCAAAAUAUCUUUUUCCAAUUUGUGGGUGUUUAGUCUUUUCUUACAAGAAUGCACUUUAUGUGAACAUGCUAAUGUGAAAUUAUUUUAAGUACUUUUGAGAGACAAUGGGCUUGCUGUGCCUACCUAUGUUUUAAAAUUAAUAAAUAUUGUCUAAGCACGAUAGAUGGUUUCAAUUUAUAUUAAUUAGAUUAUAAAUGAUAUACAUACCACUAUAUGGUAUUAAUAAAUACAAUUGAAGUAA